AGGUCGACAUUACUCUGCUUGUAUUACAGCUGGAGAAGAAGAAGAAGAAGAAGAAGAAGAAGAAGAAGAAGAAGAAGAAGAAGAAGAAGAAGAAGAAGAAGAAGAGGAAGAGUGAUGGGUCACACUCAGAGCUCCACCUCUCCUCAGGUGGUCCUGAUUGGUUUGGACUCUGCGGGGAAGUCGACUCUAUUGGCCAGACUGCUGACAGGACAGGUGGUGGACACGUCUCCCACCAUUGGCUUUAACGUUGGAUCUCUGGAACUGGACAAGAAGACGUCUCUGACGGUCUGGGACGUCGGAGGACAGAAGAGCAUGAGAGCCAACUGGAGGUACUUCCUGGACGACUGCAAGGCCCUGGUGUUCGUGGUGGACAGCAGUGAUCCAGACCGGCUGCCGGAGGCCCAGAAGGUCCUGAAGAAGAUCCUGAAUGAGGAGAAGCUGCGAGGAGUUCCUCUGAUGGUCCUGGCCAACAAGAAGGACCAGGCCAACUCCAUGACCAUCCAGGAGAUCUCCACCCAGCUGGACCUCCCCAGUCAGGAGGACCGGCUGUGGGAGAUCCAGGCCUGCAGCGCUCUGAAGGGACUGGGCCUCCUGCAGGCCUUCAUGUCCAUCAGCAGGCUCAUCAAGAAGACAUGAGGGGGAGGGGGAGGGGUUGCUGUUAAAAUUCAAUAGAAUAAUAAAGAUGAAAUAAUAAAUCUA